AAUCCAGGUAACUUGAUGUCUCGUUUAGGACUUUUCUUUUGUUACCAUCCAGGUAGUUGUGAUGUCGCGUUUGCGGGUUUGACCUAAAGAAAAUAAGAAAAGCAAUAUAACACAUGUUGAAUCCUUUAUCCUAAGAUUCUUGGUACAGUGCCAAGCACAGCAAGGAAAUCCAAGUAUACAACAGAAAGCACAUGCACUUAAGGAUUAUACUUCUGGAGAUGAGGUCUCGGGAUAUAUUCAUUAAGAGGGUGUGGUAAGUAGAAGGUACGCGACACGUGCUCGGGUCUGGGAGACUCGGAUUGGGAAACGAAGAGAACAGAGUGGCUUCGGAAACCCUAAGCUUCACGCAUUUGGGGAACCUCCUUCCUCCACUCGCUCAUGCUCCUCGCGUGACCAUCUUCUUCUUCUUCUCUCUCUCUCCUCUUCACUCUCAACACACAUCGAUCAUCGUCAAAACCAUCGUCAAUUUUCAGGCAAAUUGAUUGCAAGCAUUUUAACUUCGGAAACGGGAAUUGUCCAUUUGGGGCUAGCUGCUUCUACAAGGUAUGGUAUGUUAUGCUAUCUGAGUGGUUGAACCGUUAAAAAUGGCACUUUGUCUCCCUCUUUCAUUCAGCAAUCCCAAACCAGUUGCUUCCCUAAGUUCCAGUUUCGUUCAUGGCAGAACAAAACCCUCAUCCUUUUCGAUCAACGAGAAACUGAAAACGGGUAACCGUCUCCAAAAUGUCUCUGUUUCAAUUUCUUGUUCCUCAAUAAAACUUGUCCGUGACCGUGCACUCGAUAGGCAUGUUGUCACGAAGUAUAGGAUUAGGUUUGUUCAAAAGUUAAAAACUUUACUUCUCUCAAAAUCGAAACAUUACAUUCCAGUUCAUAUUCUGUGUAAAUGUCGUUCUUAUCUUGGUCUUCCCAAGCCUCGUUCAAUACUUUCUAUGAUUCAUAGAUAUCCAUCCAUUUUUGAAGUCUUCAAUAUGUCAUGGCCUUCAAAACCACUCUAUGCAACCAAGUUGCAUCCCAAACUCUGUGUUCGAUUAACCCCAGCUGCAGCUGCUGUUGCAGCUGAGGAAUUGGCUUUUCAAUCUUCCAUUUCCAACAUGUUGGCAGGGAAACUGCAAAAGCUUCUUAUGCUAUCUUCUCGCCGCCAGCUACUUCUGUCCAAAUUGGUUCACUUUGCUCCACAUCUUGGUCUCCCUCCUAAUUUCAGGUCCAGGUUGUGCAAUGAUCAUCCAGAGAAAUUCAGGACUGUUGAGACCCCCUAUGGCCGUGCACUUGAGCUUGUAUCUUGGGAUGUGAACUUGGCAAAGUGUUUACCUCCUCGUGCUUCUCAUGAUCCUGGUUUCAUAGUUGAUCGUCCUUUGAAGUUCAAGCAAUUGAGGCUUCGAAAGGGGCUUAAUUUAAAGAGGCGUCACCAGGAUUUCUUGCUGAGAUUUGAAGAAAUGCCUGAAGUGUGCCCCUAUAGGAACCCUGCUGAGGCUUUUUCCAAGGAAUCGUUGGAGGCAGAAAAGAGAUCUUGUGCAGUGGUAAGGGAGAUUCUUGCAAUCACAGUUGAAAAGAGGACUCUGAUAGACCACUUGACUCAUUUCAGAAAGGAGUUUGGCUUCCCAAACAAGUUGAGAGGGAUGAUAAUAAGGCACCCGGAGUUGUUUUAUGUGAGUUUGAAAGGGCAACGACACUCAGUUUUCUUGGUGGAGGGGUUUGGUGAGAAGGGUGACUUAUUGGAGAAGGAAGAGAUUUUAUCCAUACAGGAUAAAUGGAUGGACUUGGCUAGGGAGUCCAAGAGAAUGAGACGAGAGAGAAGGAAGAAUAGGUUUAGCAAAGAUACUGGGAGCUUGAAAGGAGCUGAUCAAAAUAAUUCUGACACUGAUGAUGAUGACUACGAUGAUAAUAUUGGGAUCGACAAUUUUGAGAAUGGGUAUGAUGAUGGUUUUGAGAAUAUAUUUGAGGAGUUGGAUUUCGAGGCUGAGGAUGAUGAUCAAGGAGACAACAUUUUUUCUCAAAGCAACUAUGGACAAUUCUGGACUGCAGAACCUUUUCCUAUUCAACAUGGUUUGGAUGAACCUCAGAUGCAGCCUUGGUAGUUUUUUAAUGUGUAGAACAGAGUUUUUACCCGCACAAGGAAAGCAGUACAGUUUUCAAGUGGUAAUUUAUGGUUUCAGAUUGCAUCUACCAUAGUAAUUGAAAGACCAUUCUGUGUAAGAUUGUGUACAUAUGAUAAAGUUGAUGCAAAAAUUCAAGUUCAGAGGCCUUUUUCUGUGAUGAAGCUUCCACCACA